GUACCUAGUGUGUGUGUGUACGAAGUAGUAGUGGCGGCCCGGAGCAGGUCAGGGAAGGUCUUCAGUGUUUAUCACAGGAAGAAACGAAUACCCUGACAUUUGAGUCUACAAAAAGAUGCUGACAUAAACAUCGAUAUUCUUCAAGAUAUAUUUUCUUCAUAUUAAUCAAAAUGAAGAUGUAACUUUCUCCAUUGUUUCCAGUGCAGUAAAGAAAUAUUAAAGUAAUCUUUCCGAAGCUGAAUGAGAAGUGUUGUCUAAUGAUUAAAGUAAAUUAAUGCUUGUUUAAUGCAGCAUUUUGUAGGAGGAUAAAAUGAUUCCGAUGAAAUUAACUAGAUUACCCACACUAGCAGCCAACUCAUUCAGGUGCUCAUUAGGAAAAAUAAGUAGGUAUGGAGUUAAAGGAAAAACAAGAAUGGUUUGGUGUGCUAGAAAUAUUUCAAGUGAAACAAAUGAGAGUAAAGGCUUCUUCAUUACAACGCCAAUAUUUUAUGUGAAUGCACAGCCACAUAUUGGGCAUCUAUACUCAGCACUUCUUGCUGAUGCUGCAUUCAGGUUCCAGCUUUUGCAAGGAGUACCGACAGAAUCAAUAAUUUUUUCUACGGGUACAGAUGAACAUGGUUUGAAGAUCCAGCAGGCUGCUGCUCUAAGUGGAUGUGAUCCAUUUCAAUUUUGUACCAGUGUUUCUGACAAAUUUAAAACUCUCUUUGACUUGGCAAAUAUUCAGUAUACACAAUACAUUCGCACAUCAGAGGAGAGACAUAAAUAUGCUGUAAAGCAUUUUUUUAGUACCUUAAUGGAGAUGGGUCACAUAUAUCGUGGUAACUACAGUGGAUGGUACUGUGUUUCAGAUGAGGCAUUUCUAACAGAUGCACAAGUACAUGAGGUGACACUUUCAUCUGGUGAGAAAAGGCUUGUAAGUGCUGAGAGUGGUCACUUGGUUGAAUGGAACACUGAGGAAAAUUACAUGUUUAGGUUAUCAAAGUUUCAGAGUGAUUUACAGUAUUGGUUGAAGGAUGAAAACCGAGUGCGGCCAAAGAUAUAUCAUCAACAGUUGCAGAGAUGGGUAAAUGACGACCUUCAGGACCUCUCUGUAUCAAGACCUAGUACUCGUGUUUCUUGGGGAAUACCAGUUCCUGGUGACGAAUUGCAGACAGUCUAUGUUUGGGUGGACGCCCUCAUUAACUACCUCACAGUCUCAGGGUACCCUGAAUUAACUUUAUGGCCACCUGAUGUUCAGAUACUUGGCAAAGAUAUAUUACGCUUCCAUGGUAUUUACUGGCCUGCACUUUUGCUCAGUAUGGGAUUGGAACCACCACGUUUUCUUCUAUGCCAUUCCCACUGGACAGUUGAGGGAGAAAAAAUUAGUAAGUCACUUGGGAAUGUAGUGUGUCCUCAGGACUACAUGAAGCUGUAUUCAGCUGAUGGAUUGCGGUAUUUAUUAUUGAGAUUGGGCACACCACAUUCUGACAACAAUUGGAGUGAAUCAAGUGCAAUACAUAUGCUUAAUGUUGAACUUGCAGACACUUUGGGAAAUCUUCUUAAUCGUUGCACAGCUCCAGUCCUAAAUCCAAGUCAGCAAAUGCCCCCACUCAACUCUCAGUAUCUUGAAGAGAUGUCAUUAACAGGACAGAAGUUGGUAGAACAGCUAGUUGAUCUUCCUGGUGCAGUUGGAAAACAUUAUUCUGAUUUUAACUUCCAUCGUGGCAUAGAUGUGAUAAUGUCAGUGGCUCGUCAAGCUAAUGCUUUUAUUCAGGAAGAAAAGCCAUGGGAGCUUAAAAACCUUCCUGAUCGCACCAAAUUAGACUCUGUGCUACGGAUUGCUUUGGAGUCUGUGCGGGUGUCUGGUGUGGCUUUGCAGCCAAUUGUUCCCACCUUAGCCUCUCAAAUUUUAGACACUUUAGGAGUACCAUUUCAUAGGAGAUCUUGGACCAGUUUACAAGAAGGUUUCAGAGAUCCCCAGCACAGUCACUUACAUGAUUCUUAUAAUUUGGGACUUCGAAAACAACUGUUCACUAAAAUCAGACUUUAAUAAUUGUAUUACUUUGUUAUUUUUAAGCUGUUGGUUAUUAAAAUAAAAUUCCUUGGCAUAAAAUAAAACUACGAAUUUAAUACUGAAUUAUGUUGAUACAGUAAAUAAAACCUUAUAAAAACUAAGCAAACGACAAAAAUGUUAAAUAAAUACUUAAGAACA